GCAGGCGAGCAGGCAGGGAGGGGAAGAAGAGGAGGGAAGCUAUUAAACACACACACUCACAUACACCCGCGCGCUCACCCCCGCCCCAACCCCCAGAAUCCUCGGGAUUGCAGCUGUUUCAUGUGGGGCAGCAGUGCUGGCAGAGACGCCGGCCGGGAGCGGCCGGGAGCCGGAGCCCGGCGUGUGCGCGCGGCUGGAGGCUCGCUGGGGCUCCACUCCCCGCGGGAGCUAUUGUUGGUCUCGUCGGAGCUGAGCGCAGAACCCGGACCUGCACCUUCUUGGGCACCUCUAUCCGGCUCGUGAAGCGGUGGAACCAGCAGCGCAGUGCCUUGCCUCCCCGCCAUCCUCGUCCCCGCUUCCCCGGCGGUGGCAGCCUGCAGUCACGAUGGACAAUCUGAGCCUGAGAGAGGGCUAGCGAUUUCUCGGACCCUUGGGCAGUAGAAAGCACAUUGCCCUGUCCUCCGGGAUCCGAUGGCCUUGGAGAGGGGGCUGCAGGGCCUGCGGACACCAACUCUUCCCAAAGUGCUGACAUGGAGCCAGGUAGACUGAAAUUACCAUGUGUCCAAAUUAAAAUUGCGUACUUCAAGGACUCUUUGAAGGACUAUUCUUAGACCCUCUUAAGAAGAUUUUUUAAAAAACCGCUCGGCCCUGAGUGCGGCAAGGGCCCAAUUCGUGGAUGUGGAAGAGCGUGGGCCGGAGGCCAUGGACGUGAAGGAGAGGAAGCCCUACCGUUCGCUGACCCGGCGCCGCGAUGCUGAGCGCCGCUACACCAGCUCGUCGGCAGACAGCGAGGAGGGCAAGGCCCCGCAGAAGUCCUACAGCUCCAGUGAGACCCUGAAGGCCUAUGACCAGGAUGCCCGCCUAGCCUAUGGCAGCCGCGUCAAGGACAUGGUACCCCAAGAGGCCGAGGAGUUCUGCCGCGCGGGCACCAACUUCACCCUGCGUGAGCUGGGGCUCGGGGAGAUGACACCCCCUCAUGGGACCCUCUACCGGACAGACAUCGGCCUCCCUCACUGUGGCUAUUCCAUGGGGGCCAGCUCCGAGGCAGACCUGGAAGCCGACACUGUACUGUCCCCUGAGCACCCAGUGCGCCUGUGGGGUCGGAGCACACGGUCAGGACGCAGCUCCUGCCUGUCCAGCCGGGCCAACUCCAACCUCACGCUCACAGACACGGAGCACGAGAACACGGAGACUGAUCACCCCAGCGGCCUGCAGAACCACCCUCGGCUCCGGACGCCACCGCCACCACUCCCCCACGCCCAUACCCCCAACCAGCACCAUGCGGCCUCCAUCAACUCCUUGAACAGGGGCAACUUCACCCCCAGGAGCAACCCCAGCCCGGCACCCACAGACCACUCACUCUCCGGGGAGCCCCCGGCAGGCAGCGCACAGGAGCCAACCCAUGCCCAGGACAACUGGCUGCUCAACAGUAACAUCCCACUGGAGACCAGAAACCUAGGCAAGCAGCCAUUCCUAGGGACAUUGCAGGACAACCUCAUUGAGAUGGACAUUCUCAGCGCCUCCCGCCAUGAUGGGGCUUACAGUGACGGGCACUUCCUCUUCAAGCCAGGAGGCACCUCCCCGCUCUUCUGCACCACAUCCCCAGGGUACCCCCUGACGUCUAGCACCGUGUACUCGCCCCCACCCCGGCCCCUGCCCCGCAGCACCUUCUCCCGGCCGGCCUUUAACCUCAAGAAGCCCUCCAAGUAUUGCAACUGGAAGUGUGCCGCCCUGAGCGCCAUCGUCAUCUCGGCUACCCUGGUCAUCCUGCUCGCGUACUUUGUGGCCAUGCACCUGUUUGGCCUAAACUGGCACCUGCAGCCGAUGGAGGGGCAGAUGUAUGAGAUCACGGAGGACACAGCCAGCAGUUGGCCUGUGCCAACGGACGUCUCCCUGUAUCCCUCGGGGGGCACUGGCUUAGAGAACCCUGACAGGAAAGGCAAAGGAGCCACGGAAGGAAAGCCAAGUAGUUUCUUUCCAGAGGACAGCUUCAUAGAUUCUGGAGAAAUCGAUGUGGGGAGACGGGCUUCCCAGAAGAUUCCGCCUGGGACGUUCUGGAGGUCUCAAGUGUUCAUCGACCACCCCGUUCACCUCAAGUUCAACGUGUCCUUGGGGAAGGCAGCUCUAGUGGGCAUUUACGGCAGAAAAGGCCUCCCUCCUUCCCAUACUCAGUUUGACUUUGUGGAGCUACUGGAUGGACGAAGGCUCCUAACCCAGGAGGCAAGGAGCCUGGAGGGUCCCCAGCGCCAGUCACGGGGUGCUGUCCCCCCAGCCAGCCAUGAGACCGGUUUCAUCCAGUACCUGGAUUCGGGGAUCUGGCACCUGGCCUUUUACAACGAUGGAAAGGAGUCUGAAGUGGUUUCCUUUCUCACCACCACCAUUGAAUCAGUGGAUAACUGCCCCAGCAACUGCUAUGGUAAUGGCGACUGUAUCUCGGGGACCUGCCACUGCUUCCUGGGUUUUCUGGGCCCUGACUGUGGCCGAGCCUCCUGUCCCGUGCUGUGCAGCGGGAAUGGCCAGUACAUGAAGGGCAGGUGCCUGUGCCACAGCGGCUGGAAGGGAGCUGAGUGCGACGUGCCCACCAACCAAUGCAUCGACGUGGCCUGCAGCAGCCACGGCACCUGCAUCAUGGGCACCUGCAUCUGCAACCCCGGCUACAAGGGAGAGAGCUGCGAGGAAGUGGACUGCAUGGACCCCACAUGUUCCAGCCGGGGUGUCUGCGUGAGAGGCGAAUGCCACUGCUCUGUGGGAUGGGGAGGCACCAACUGCGAGACACCCAGGGCCACAUGCUUGGACCAGUGCUCAGGCCACGGAACCUUCCUCUCAGACACCGGGCUUUGCAACUGCGACCCAAGCUGGACUGGACACGACUGCUCCAUUGAGAUCUGUGCUGCUGACUGCGGUGGCCACGGCGUCUGCGUAGGAGGCACCUGCCGCUGUGAGGAUGGCUGGAUGGGGGCUGCAUGCGACCAACGGGCCUGCCACCCUCGCUGUGCGGAACAUGGGACCUGCAGGGAUGGCAAGUGUGAAUGCAGCCCCGGCUGGAACGGCGAACACUGCACCAUCGCUCACUAUCUGGAUAGGGUAGUUAAAGAGGGCUGUCCUGGCUUGUGCAAUGGAAAUGGCAGAUGUACCCUGGACCUGAAUGGGUGGCACUGUGUGUGCCAGCUGGGCUGGAGAGGAGCCGGAUGUGACACGUCCAUGGAAACCGCCUGUGGGGACAGCAAAGACAACGAUGGAGAUGGCUUGGUGGACUGCAUGGACCCCGACUGCUGCCUCCAGCCCCUCUGUCACGUCAACCCGCUGUGCCUGGGCUCUCCCGAUCCUCUGGACAUCAUCCAAGAGACCCAGGCCCCCAUACCCCAGCAGAACCUGCAAUCCUUCUACGACCGCGUCAAGUUCCUCGUGGGCAGGGACAGCACACACGUCAUCCCCGGGGAGAACCCCUUUGAUGGAGGGCAUGCAUGUGUUAUCCGUGGACAAGUGAUGACAUCAGAUGGGACCCCGCUGGUUGGCGUGAACAUCAGUUUCAUCAAUAACCCUCUCUUUGGGUACACAAUCAGCAGGCAAGAUGGCAGCUUUGACCUGGUCACAAACGGCGGCAUCUCCAUCAUCCUGAGAUUCGAAAGGGCACCCUUCAUCACGCAAGAGCAUACCCUCUGGCUGCCCUGGGACCGCUUCUUUGUCAUGGAAACCAUCGUCAUGAGGCACGAGGAGAACGAGAUUCCCAGCUGUGACCUGAGCAACUUCGCCCGCCCCAACCCCGUGGUGUCUCCAUCCCCCCUGACGUCCUUCGCGAGUUCCUGUGCUGAGAAAGGCCCCAUUGUCCCAGAAAUCCAGGCCCUGCAAGAGGAAAUCACCAUUGCAGGCUGCAAGAUGAGGCUGAGCUACCUGAGCAGCCGCACGCCUGGCUACAAGUCUGUCCUGAGGAUCAGCCUCACACACCCCACCAUCCCCUUCAACCUUAUGAAGGUCCACCUCAUGGUGGCAGUUGAGGGCCGCCUCUUCCGGAAGUGGUUUGCUGCAGCCCCUGACCUGUCCUAUUACUUCAUCUGGGACAAGACAGAUGUCUACAACCAGAAGGUGUUUGGGCUGUCAGAGGCCUUCGUUUCCGUGGGUUACGAAUAUGAAUCCUGCCCAGAUCUGAUCCUGUGGGAGAAAAGGACUGCAGUGUUACAGGGCUAUGAGAUCGAUGCCUCCAAGCUGGGGGGCUGGAGCCUGGAUAAGCACCAUGCCCUGAACAUCCAGAGCGGCAUCCUACACAAAGGGAACGGAGAGAACCAGUUCGUGUCCCAGCAGCCACCGGUCAUUGGCAGUGUCAUGGGCAAUGGGCGCAGGAGGAGCAUCUCCUGCCCCAGCUGCAAUGGGCUUGCUGACGGCAACAAGCUCUUGGCCCCCGUGGCCCUUGCCUGUGGCUCUGACGGGAGUCUCUAUGUGGGAGACUUCAAUUACAUCCGCAGGAUCUUCCCUUCUGGAAAUGUCACCAACAUCCUGGAGAUGAGAAAUAAAGAUUUCAGACAUAGCCACAGCCCAGCACACAAAUACUACCUGGCUACAGACCCCAUGAGCGGGGCCGUCUUCCUGUCUGACACCAACAGCCGGCGGGUCUUCAGGAUCAAGUCCACCACAGUGGUGAAGGACCUGGUCAAGAACUCCGAGGUGGUGGCGGGGACUGGGGACCAGUGUCUCCCCUUUGAUGACACUCGCUGCGGAGAUGGCGGGAAAGCCACAGAAGCCACGCUCACUAAUCCCAGGGGAAUUACAGUGGACAAGUUUGGGCUCAUUUACUUCGUGGAUGGCACAAUGAUCCGACGUGUCGAUCAGAACGGGAUCAUCUCCACCUUGCUGGGCUCCAAUGACCUCACCUCCGCCAGGCCCCUCAGCUGCGACUCUGUCAUGGAUAUUUCUCAGGUUCGCCUGGAGUGGCCCACGGACUUAGCCAUCAACCCAAUGGACAACUCCCUCUACGUCCUUGACAACAACGUGGUCCUGCAAAUCUCCGAAAACCACCAGGUGCGCAUUGUCGCCGGGAGGCCCAUGCACUGCCAGGUCCCUGGCAUCGACCACUUCCUGCUGAGCAAGGUGGCCAUCCACGCCACCCUGGAGUCAGCCACGGCUUUAGCUGUCUCGCACAACGGGGUCCUGUACAUCGCCGAGACAGAUGAGAAAAAGAUCAACCGCAUCAGGCAGGUCACCACGAGCGGUGAGAUCUCCUUGGUCGCCGGUGCCCCCAGCGGCUGCGACUGUAAAAACGAUGCCAACUGUGAUUGCUUCUCUGGCGAUGAUGGCUACGCCAAGGAUGCCAAGCUGAACACCCCCUCUUCCUUGGCUGUGUGUGCUGACGGGGAGCUCUACGUGGCUGACCUUGGAAACAUCCGGAUCCGAUUCAUCCGGAAGAACAAGCCUUUCCUCAACACCCAGAACAUGUACGAGCUGUCCUCCCCCAUCGACCAGGAGCUGUACCUCUUUGACACCAGCGGUAAACAUCUGUACACCCAGAGCCUGCCAACGGGAGACUACCUGUACAACUUCACCUACACAGGGGACGGUGACAUCACACACAUCACCGACAACAACGGCAACAUGGUGAACGUCCGCCGGGAUUCUACCGGAAUGCCCCUCUGGCUGGUAGUCCCAGAUGGCCAGGUCUACUGGGUGACCAUGGGCACCAACAGUGCACUCAGAAGCGUCACCACGCAAGGACACGAGCUGGCUAUGAUGACGUACCAUGGCAACUCCGGCCUCUUGGCGACCAAGAGCAAUGAAAACGGGUGGACUACGUUUUACGAGUAUGACACCUUUGGUCGCCUGACCAACGUGACCUUUCCAACUGGCCAGGUGAGCAGUUUCCGGAGCGACACAGACAGCUCCGUGCACGUGCAGGUAGAGACCUCCAGCAAGGAUGAUGUCACCAUAACCACCAACCUGUCUGCCUCGGGUGCCUUCUACACCCUGUUGCAAGACCAAGUCCGGAACAGCUACUACAUCGGGGCUGAUGGCUCCCUGCGGCUACUGCUAGCCAACGGCAUGGAAGUGGCCCUGCAGACCGAGCCACACCUGCUGGCUGGCACCGUCAACCCCACUGUGGGCAAGAGGAACGUCACACUGCCCAUCGACAAUGGCCUCAACCUGGUGGAAUGGCGGCAGCGCAAGGAGCAGGCUCGCGGGCAGGUCACAGUCUUCGGGCGCCGUCUGCGGGUUCACAACCGAAACCUCCUGUCUCUGGACUUUGACCGUGUCACACGCACAGAGAAGAUCUACGAUGACCACCGCAAGUUCACCCUCCGGAUCCUGUACGACCAGGCAGGGAGGCCAAGCCUCUGGUCGCCUAGCAGCAGGCUGAAUGGGGUUAAUGUGACCUACUCCCCUGGGGGUCACAUUGCCGGAAUCCAAAGGGGCAUCAUGUCUGAGAGGAUGGAAUAUGAUCAGGCAGGGCGCAUCACGUCCCGGAUCUUUGCAGAUGGGAAGAUGUGGAGCUACACAUACUUAGAGAAGUCCAUGGUGCUUCACCUCCACAGCCAGAGGCAGUACAUCUUCGAGUUUGACAAGAACGACCGCCUCUCUUCCGUGACCAUGCCCAACGUAGCCAGGCAGACGCUGGAAACCAUCCGCUCGGUGGGCUACUACAGAAACAUCUACCAGCCCCCGGAAGGCAACGCCUCCGUCAUUCAGGACUUCACCGAGGACGGGCACCUACUGCACACCUUCUACCUGGGCACUGGCCGCAGGGUGGUCUACAAGUACGGCAAGCUGUCGAAGCUGGCCGAGACUCUGUAUGACACCACCAAGGUGAGCUUCACCUACGACGAAACGGCGGGCAUGCUGAAGACCGUCAACCUCCAGAGCGAGGGCUUUACCUGCACGAUCCGCUACCGUCAGAUCGGGCCCCUCAUCGACCGCCAGAUCUUCCGGUUCACAGAGGAAGGCAUGGUCAACGCCCGUUUCGAUUACAACUACGACAACAGCUUCCGCGUGACCAGCAUGCAGGCUGUGAUCAACGAGACCCCACUGCCCAUCGAUCUGUACCGCUAUGAUGAUGUGUCAGGGAAGACGGAACAGUUUGGGAAGUUUGGUGUCAUCUACUACGACAUCAACCAGAUCAUCACCACAGCCGUCAUGACCCACACCAAGCAUUUCGACGCUUACGGCAGGAUGAAGGAAGUACAGUACGAAAUCUUCCGGUCCCUCAUGUACUGGAUGACCGUCCAGUACGACAACAUGGGGCGGGUAGUGAAGAAGGAGCUGAAGGUGGGACCCUACGCCAACACCACCCGUUACUCGUACGAGUACGAUGCCGACGGCCAGCUGCAGACAGUCUCCAUCAACGACAAGCCUCUCUGGCGCUACAGCUAUGACCUCAAUGGGAACCUGCACCUGCUGAGCCCCGGGAACAGCGCCCGGCUCACGCCACUACGGUACGACCUCCGUGACCGUAUCACGAGGCUGGGUGAUGUGCAGUACAAGGUGGAUGAGGACGGCUUCCUGAGGCAGCGGGGUGGGGAUGUCUUCGAAUACAAUUCGGCGGGCCUGCUCAUCAAAGCCUACAACCGGGCCAGUGGCUGGAGUGUCAGGUACCGCUACGACGGCCUGGGGCGGCGCGUGUCCAGCAAGAGCAGCCACAGUCAUCACCUGCAGUUCUUCUACGCGGACCUGACCAACCCCACCAAGGUCACCCACCUCUACAACCACUCCAGCUCCGAGAUCACAUCCCUCUACUACGACCUGCAAGGACACCUCUUCGCCAUGGAGCUGAGCAGCGGCGACGAGUUUUACAUCGCCUGCGACAACAUCGGGACCCCUCUCGCGGUCUUCAGUGGAACCGGCCUGAUGAUAAAGCAGAUCCUCUACACAGCCUACGGGGAGAUCUACAUGGACACAAACCCCAACUUCCAGAUCAUCAUCGGCUACCACGGCGGCCUCUACGACCCACUCACCAAGCUCGUCCACAUGGGCCGGCGCGAUUACGAUGUGCUGGCCGGACGCUGGACGAGCCCAGACCAUGACCUCUGGAAACGCCUGAGUAGCAGCAGCAUUGUGCCUUUUCACCUCUACAUGUUCAAGAACAACAACCCCAUCAGCAACUCUCAGGACAUCAAGUGCUUCAUGACAGAUGUCAACAGCUGGCUGCUCACCUUUGGAUUCCAGCUACACAACGUGAUACCUGGCUAUCCCAAACCAGACACCGAUGCCAUGGAGCCGUCCUACGAGCUCGUGCACACACAGAUGAAAACUCAGGAAUGGGACAACAGCAAGUCUAUCCUUGGGGUACAAUGUGAAGUCCAGAAGCAACUCAAGGCCUUCGUUACCUUAGAACGCUUUGACCAGCUUUAUGGCUCCACCAUCACCAGCUGCCAGCAGGCCCCAGAGACAAAGAAGUUUGCCUCCAAUGGUUCCAUCUUUGGCAAGGGGGUCAAGUUUGCCUUGAAAGAUGGCCGCGUAACCACAGACAUCAUCAGCGUGGCCAAUGAGGACGGGCGGAGGAUUGCGGCCAUCUUGAACAAUGCCCACUAUCUAGAGAACCUUCACUUCACCAUUGACGGGGUGGACACCCACUACUUUGUGAAACCAGGACCUUCGGAAGGCGACCUGGCCAUCCUGGGCCUCAGUGGGGGGCGGCGAACUCUGGAGAACGGGGUCAACGUCACGGUGUCCCAGAUCAACACCAUGCUCAGUGGCAGGACUAGACGCUACACUGACAUCCAGCUGCAAUACAGGGCACUGUGCCUGAACACCCGCUACGGGACAACCGUGGAUGAGGAGAAGGCGCGGGUGCUGGAGCUGGCCAGGCAGAGAGCUGUACGCCAGGCUUGGGCCCGGGAGCAGCAAAGACUGCGGGAAGGAGAGGAAGGCCUGCGGGCCUGGACAGAGGGGGAGAGGCAGCAGGUGCUGAACACAGGGCGGGUGCAGGGCUAUGACGGCUUCUUUGUCACCUCCGUCGAGCAGUACCCAGAACUGUCGGACAGCGCCAACAAUAUCCACUUCAUGAGACAGAGCGAGAUGGGCCGAAGGUGACAGAGAGGGCCAAGGCCCGGACUUCUUGCCAAAGACAGCUAUCCUUCUGUGUCCGUAUACCUGACUGUGUUGUACUUAACAAAAAAAAAAACAAAAACUUUUUUUUAACAAGUGCAGAAAACAAAACAGAAAGAUAAUGGUUGCAUUGUUAAUUCAUGCAACUUUUUUUUUUUUAAAGAAAAACACAAAUUUGGCCUUCACACAUUUUUUUUUUUUGCAAAGAAUGGAAGUUAUUUUUCCUGUAGUGUGACCACAAUGAUGACUUGAUUGUCUUUUGUUCCCCUUUUCCCUGAGGAAUUUUCCCUGUUGUUUGGGGUACAUUUCUCCUCUCUUUGGGGUACACAUCGCCUUGGGUGUGUCCUCACCCAUCCCUAGGUACCCAGUGUGAUGUGAGACACGAGUGUCUGUGCUAACUUGUCUCAUGUGUAACCCUUUCUUCUUUGACUGGAGUUGGGUGGAAGUGAGGGGUGCAGAGAGGAACGGGCUUGUGGGACCUCAGGAACUUUGGUUAGGCUCCCACAGAAAGUGGUGAGCUUCUCUCCACCAUGCUUUGUAUCUCCUGAGGGCCCACAUCAUGCUCUGGGAAGGUCCAUGGUGUCGUUCAGCCAGCACCUCGCCAGGCCACCCCAGACUCCCGCCCCAGCAUUGUAUUUUGAUGCUAAAUGAACACCCCCACUCUCCCUUUUGCAAGUCUCUAGUGUAGCUGUCAGUGCCACCCCCACCCCCAUAACAAAACAGAGAAGGUGUCUCCUAGGUUCUCUCCCCAGUCUGGUGAUAUAACAUCCUGGGGCUGCGAGCCCCAUCCUUCCCAAGAGACGAGAGCACCAGGAUGUCGGUGAGUGGUUGACCUUCCACGAUGCCCCUCGCUCAUCUUCCUCCUCUCUCCCAAAGUCAGACUUAAGAACCAGCACCGCGCAGCAAGCCCUCAAAGUCCAGGGAAGGCAAGGAAGCCCUGUCCCUUCCAGUGCUCAGCUGCUGCCACUGAGAAUCAGGAGUGUGGCAAGAGAUGCCCGGUGGCCUUUGAUCCUGGAAAGAUGCAUAGGAAAUGCAAAGUCAGCCAAAGAAAGGAGUCAGCAAAGGCAUGAGCCAGGGAUCCUUCUAGCUGGCUCCUGGCCUCUUUUCUGCCUCCCCUCUACGGUCUAUUCCCAGAGGCUCCAGAGUCCCAGAGCCUGGAUUUCAGGAAACCCCUUCUGCAGAGUUUCUUCACUAGAGAACCCCAACCAGGAUUGGUUUUGGUUUGGGUUUUAAAUAAGAGGAAAGAGAUUGUUUGGUAUGGCUUGUCGGUGUCCUGAAGCCCCACUGGGAUCAGGGAUGGUGGUGCCAAAGGCUGGUGCCCGCGGAUCCCAAAGGCCAGGCUAGCAUUGUUCCCGUGGAGACCUCUGCACAUAGCUAGCACAUGUCAUCUUGAAGAGGCUAGGCACAGGCACAGCCAGUGUUGAGGGGCUGCCCAGAGGGAGGCAGCAGCCAGCAGGCCAGGGGAGGUAUGAGCUCACUGGAGAAUUCCUUUUGUGGUCUGUCUGCCUGGAUCCCAUGGUCAUUAGCACUCACAGGAGGCUCUGGGAGAUGGGGGCAGGGGAGUGGGGAGCCAAAUGCUUCCUUUUGAGCUGGGCUUCUUAGAAAAUGGGACUUUUAUGGGUUACAUUUACAUUAAGUGUGGAAAAUGAAUUCUGAGUCUAAGCUAUUCCCCAUGGAAACCUUGUUGGACUGAUAAGCUCAUGGCACCUUUAUAGCCUUAUGGAGUCUUCAGAAACAUGACAUGAGUUAAUGAAACCGAGAAGGUCUCUUACUGCAUGAGAAUCGGAGCCAUGUGGAGUCUGGGUUCUGCCUGGCAGAGGGAGGCACCCAAAGCUUCUCCAGGAGGGGAGAUCUCGCCUUACCUUGUCCCACUGGGAUUAGAGGAUGUGUUUCGCUAAGUGCUCUUCCUGAUUCAAAAAAAAAUGCCACACUGCUGCCACAGUGUGUCCCGGCCCGCCCUGUCCAUUGGUGACCACAGUAUGUCAGGGCCUGCCCUGUCCACUGGUCACCACAGUGUGUCCCAGCCCGCCCUGUCCACUGGUCACCACAGUAUGUCAUGGCCUGCCCUGUCCACUGGUCACCACAGUGUGUCCCGGCCCGCCCUGUCCAUUGGUCACCACAGUAUGUCAUGGCCUGCCCUGUCCACUGGUCACCACAGUGUGUCCCGGCCCGCUCUGUCCAUUGGUGACCACAGUAUGUCAUGGCCUGCCCUGUCCACUGGUCACCACAGUGUGUCCCGGCCCGCCCUGUCCAUUGGUGACCACAGUAUGUCUUGGCCUGCCCUGUCCACUGGUCACCACAGUGUGUCCCGGCCCGCCCUGUCCACUGGUUGUUCAUUACCUCUGGAUGAGAGCUCUGCCAGGUUAGAUCCGAUGCUCCCUCAGGUCCACUGUACCCAGCGUGAGCUGCUAAUGGGGACUGGUAUGAUUGUUCUUGGAUGGGAUAGAAAAUAGUUUGACCUGAAAAACCACAAUUCUUUUCGUAUCCAAAAGACUUAACGCCUCUCAAAAUGUACUUUUGCUGUAAGGAUCCUUUGGGCAGAGUUGCCCUGUGAGUUGGCCUAGUUGAUCUAUCCCAGACUGGCUGCCUGACAUUGGCUAAGAUCUGCUGGGGACAUUUACUUGUAAGCCAGAGACAGCAUGUGACCCAAGGGAACCAUCUCCUUGUACCUAUCCAGCCUGUCUUCCUCCCCCACUGCCUUCCUCCCUCAAAGAAGAGCAGUAAACAAGAUGAAUCACUGGGGGUUCUUUUUAAAAACAAAACAAAACAAAGGAAUGACCCAGUAUUCUUCCUGGGUUCCAUCCCAGAAAGAGUACCUAGCUUCUACAAGGGAAACAAGCAUCCUGAGCUACAAAGGAAUUAAUUCAGCAGCAGGCUUGACAAACACACGCCUCUACUUUAUGCUGGGCACUCUGGCCUGGGCCCCUUUAAGUUGGAUUCCACCUCCCAGGUGUGUUUGGAGGCCUAUGCCACAGCUCCUUUCGCCUAUGUCGGAGGUUCUGAGUAUUAAAUGUCUUCCUAGACAGCACCUGUCUUUUGGGCACCAACUACAUCUGUCUACUUGAUAGAGUGACCAGGUCUUCCUCUCUGGUUCACACUUGCGAUUCUAAAGGGUGGUAGCUUCUGAACCUCUAAGAUCUGUUUCAAGUAGUCCGUGCCUCCUCUACCCUCCAUAGCUACCAACCUCAGUCCCUCCUCCAUGACCUUAACCAAGACUUUCUCAAUCCCCAAUUUUGUCUUCUAUACCCCAAAAUCCACCCCCCCCUUACAACCAUCUCCCAGACAAGCAUCACUGGAGGGUACAGAGGCAAUAUUGACUCCGUGGUAAACCACACCUUAGCCUCUGACACUGGGCUCAGAAUCGCUGGUGGAGAAUUAGCCCAAGGUCCACGCUGGUGCCUGACUCUCCUGAGGGAUACGAGGUCUGACAGACACCCUAGGAAGGUAGUGGAGAUGGAGACUGGACAAGUGCCUGCAGAUAACAGAGAGGGCACUGGGCGGGGCUUGGAUGACGGAGAAGCCUAAGAGAGCUGAGUUACCUGGGCAGGGCUUUCUAGGCACAGAGCAAGGGAAGAAGAAGGAGCCUUUCAGCUGUGACUUCUCAGCUGCUGCCUUUCCAGGCAAGGUUUGCAAUGUGACAUCUUAGAAUACCAGUAGCUUUGCCAUUUGCAGCCCUGGCAUUUCUGGUGGCCUCUUGGUGAGAGCAGUGACACCAGGUUUUGUACCCGGGAAGAUGAGCUUGCUGGAUUUCAGCAGGUUGCUAGGCUUUGGGACUCGAUCACCCAUCACACAAAGAUGAGAAUUCUCUUCAUCCUUCACAGCGACCACCCAGCCUAAGAGGUGGCUCCCGAUCCUGGGGAUGGGAGGUCCCUGAAAGACCCAGCAUCUCCUUUCUCCUGGGAUCCUCAUCAGGACUAAAAGCCCUCCAUGUGAGGCAUGUCAUCCCCAGCUAGGUCCAAACCAUUGUCUCUAUUUUGUGAGAGGUGAAGGAUGUGGGGGGGGGGGGGAAGCACUCUGCCGUGCAAGGCCUUUUUAUUUAGCCUUCCCAGAACAGCAAACUCAUUUUAAAGACUCAUUGCUCAGGUGACAGAGAGAAACUUUAACCUCUCCAACCUUUUCAUUCUCAAAAACCAGCCUUGUGUACUUGACUGCCCUGAACAGUGGUGCGCUCUGAGAUGUCUCGGUGUUGUGGAAGAUCCAAGGCAGGAAGGCUUGGGGUGGGGAACCUCGUGUUCCAUUUGGGAGGCCCUGGCGGGGCCCUGUGUUGUGUUUCUUACCCUCUGGGGAAUGCCAAAGGCACAAGACUGGGCUACUUCCUGGUCCCUAAGAAAAAUGUGAUUGAUCCUAAGGGCAGACAUUUGAGGGAUAACUGCCCAUGGGCAGGCUCGGCUGUCCCAGCAGAAACAGACCCGCAGAUGUCUGGGGGUCCCCGGCAGCUCUGAUCCACUCACCACCAGAACCCCACUGUUCUAAACGUGCCCGUUGUUCCGAGGACCUCUGAACCCGCAGCUCUGGCAAGCUGCCUCUGGAUGACUGACACUGGAGACUCUGGCCUUACCAUGUGGAAAUGUUUUCCUGAGAUCUGGAACUAAUUUUGAGAAGUUUUUUUUCUCAACACUUUUGUGUUUCUAACAUUGUAUUCUUGACUGUGUAAAUACCAACAAGGCUGUAAAUAAAUGCAGAUGUAGAUACCUUCUAGAAAAAGGGGGGGAAAGCAUAAAAAAAGAAAACCAGAAGUGAU